CUGCCGCCGUUGCCGCCGCAGCACCAUAUUCUUCUGAUAUUUCUUAUACUAUUGAUGAAAUUCAAUAUGAGGAUAAUGCAACCAUCAUAUGGAAAGGAAGAAUGUACUCAUACAAACACACUUUGGGGCUUGUGAAGAUAAUUGAUUUGUCAAGCAAUAGAUUGACAGGAGAGAUUUCAAGUGAAAUCACUCAUCUUGUUGGGUUGGUUUCUUUAAACCUGUCGAGAAACCAAUUAACAGGUCAAAUAACUUCAGAGAUUGGAAACUUGCAGUCACUGGAUGUCCUUGAUUUAUCAAGAAACCAGAUAGAAGGACGAAUUCCAACAAGCCUUGCUCAGAUAGACCGUCUUGGUUUAUUGGACUUGUCAUUUAACAACUUAUCUGGCGGAAUUCCAAUCGGGACUCAGCUCCAAAGCUUUGAUCCCUCUGUUUAUGGUGGAAAUCCUCAACUCUGUGGAGCUCCACUUAAAAAGAUGUGUGUCGCUCAACAUGUGCAAACUGACUUGAGCAAUCAAGAGGAUGAUAAGGAUGAGCUUAUAACACUGGGAUUUUACAUCAGUAUGGGGGUUGGGUUUGCAGCUGGAUUUUGGGGAGUUUGCUGCACUUUGAUAUUCAAGAGGUCAUGGAGAUACGCAUACUUCAAGUUCUUGAAUGGUUUAAAUGAUUGGCUUUAUGUGAGAGUAGCUUUGAUCAAGCGGCAACUCAAGGAUAUGCUGAAUAGAUAAGCUCUCCAGCAUCUUCGGAGUUGGAGGCAACCUCCAUGCCUCUGUUGACUUGAAGAGUGCAUAGUUGCCAUGGAAGCAAUGAUAUAUCUGCACAAGUUUUCAUGUAUUGGUUUGAAUGAUUGGCUUUGUUUGUAUUAAUAUUAAUAAGGAUUAGUUACUGUAUCUUUGUUGUUAAGCAAUUAUGUAGCGGGAAUUUUCCUUGGUAAAU